GAAUAGUUGAAUCCCACAGUACCCUAGCCACUUCCUCUGCUGUCUCCCUCAGCCUCAAAAUGGGGAAACGGCGGAAGCAAAUGAGAGCAGCAGUUGAUAGGGACGUUAUCAGCAGCCUGCCGGAUGAAAUCCUGUGCCACAUCCUCUCAUUCCUUCCAACUAGAACGUCCGUGGCCACCAGCGUCCUCUCUCGCAGGUGGCGCUACCUCUGGAAGAAAGUCCAUGUCUUGGACCUCAACGAUGAUUUCCUUUUCACCCCUGAACGUUCACAUGAUGAAGCAAAAGGGCGCUUUCUUAAUCUUCUCUAUGAGUUUGAGCCGCUUCUGGCCCCCAUCCGUAAGUUCCGCCUCUCUUGCUGGGUGGGUGGAAAUGGGUAUAGAGACCUUCUUGAUUGGAUUGAUUACUUCAUUAGAAAUGUUAGUGAACUCUAUUUCUCUCUGAGGAGCGAUGGGCGGAUUUAUAACUGGGAUGCUUUCUUUUUCUAUAACAAGUCGCUCGUGUCGCUCGUUUUGGACGGUAAUAUGAAUAUUUUGCUGGAUUAUUCUGAUCCCACUGCCAGUAAAACUAUUUUCCCAUCCCUCCAGAACCUAGAGCUGCAUAUCAACCAUCUGAACCUCGAUGUGCUUCUAUCCGGUUGCCCAGCUCUUGAAACUCUUAAGUUCAGGACUGAUGACACUGAUUUUGCUUCUGAAGCAAUCCACAUGCCUCGUCCCUUGAAGAGUUUAACCUUUGAGGAACAAUAUUCACAUUCCGAAAAUGUGACACUUGAGCUUCUUGAGGUAAACACUCCAUCUCUUGAAUACCUAUGUCUCAGAUUACGGGGUUGUUACAAACAGAUUUUGGUUUGUGAUUAUCCCAACGUCAAGAAAGCAUGUCUAGAUAUUUUUCUUAAGCCUAGGCAUGUUGCUUGGGUUCCUAAGCUCCUUCGGGCACUUUGCAAAACAAAAUUCUUGUGGCUGCAAGUUUCAACAAUCGAGUGCUUGAUUCGUGCACCAGUUCUAGACCUCCCCGACUUUUGCAAUUUGAUUCAGCUGCAACUUGAUUUUUAUCGUUUCAACAGUAGGCUUCUAAUAGACUUGCUUCGCAAUUGUCCUAAGCUUCAAGCUCUAAAAAUUUAUACAUCUGAGUUUAUUGAUGAUCAUUUGCGCAAGUCUUACCGAAACUCCCAUAAACGCAAUGGUUGGACACAACCACUUAGCGUUCCUAACUGUAUUGUAUCACACUUGAACACUGUUGAAUACCGAGGAUAUCAAGACACUCCAGAGGAGCAUGAAUUUACUGCAUAUAUUUUACAGAGAGGACUUGUUUUAAAGACAAUGAGAAUUCAUGCUAAAUACGAUGACCUAGGCUUAAAACGUCACAUGGCAUUAUCUGAAAUACAAAGGGGUUCUAGCAUGUGCCGACUUGAAGUACACUAACUGAUCAGCAUUUACCUUUGGUAAGGACUGUGUUGCUCUAUCAGUUAUUUGUUUUUUCGAAUACCUGUCUUUCUAAAUAGUUUGGUAGGAAUGUAUGAUCUAAGGGGAUUGGCAAACAGAACCAGUUCCAUUCUUGAUGGUUGGAUUUGAUAAUGUUGAAGUAUGUAUGUAUUUCCUUGUCUCUUUCUUGUA